UAAACCCUUCGGCUUUGGACAUAAACAUAAACUCAACAUCCUCCUUCCGGGUUCAACUUGACAGCCGCCGUGCGAAUCAGCGUCUUCGUUGCCAUCAUGUCCGUCGCCACCAUUGUUUCAGCCCCUCUCACAUCCUCAAAUAUUCGAUCACUUUCCAUCAUAUCUUCGUCCUCCUUUUCUCCAAUCAAUUCCUUUAAAUGCUCUUCUGUCGCUCUCAAACUGACAACUACUUCUCUCCUCCGAAACCCUAACCUCCGAUUCUCUGUCUCAGCAAUGAGCGUAGCAGCUCAGGAAAAUCUCUCUCAGACUGCAUUCCUUGAUCGAAGAGAAACUGGAGUUCUUCAUUUCGUCAAGUAUCAUGGCCUCGGUAACGACUUUAUCAUGGUUAACAAUCUCGAUUCAAUGGAGCCCAAAGUUACUCCGGAGCAAGCUGUUAAGUUAUGUGAUCGGAAUUUUGGCAUUGGAGCAGAUGGAGUAAUCUUUGCAAUGCCUGGAUAUAAUGGGACUGAUUAUACCAUGAGAAUAUUUAAUUCAGAUGGCAGCGAGCCUGAGAUGUGUGGCAAUGGAGUUCGAUGCUUUGCAAAGUUUAUUUCAGAUCUCAAUAGCUUACCUGGAAAACAAAGUUUUACAGUACAUACUGGUGCUGGAUUAAUUGUGCCCGAAAUACAAGAUGAUGGAAAGGUUAAAGUUGACAUGGGUGAGCCAGUUUUGAAGGCUUCAGAUGUUCCAACUAAAAUAGCACCAAAUAAAGAUGAAUCAGUUGUGAAAGCAAAAAUUGAAGUAGAUGGAGUAAACUGGAAUGUGACAUGUGUCAGUAUGGGAAAUCCUCACUGUGUCACUUUUGGUACACAAGACAACGAGAAUUUGGUGGUUGAUGAAUUGAAUUUGGCAGAAGUUGGUCCAAAAUUUGAACAUCAUCCACUGUUUCCUGCCCGAACUAACACAGAAUUUGUGCAAGUGUUUUCUCGUUCACAUCUAAAGAUGCGUGUUUGGGAGCGUGGGGCAGGAGCAACAUUGGCUUGUGGAACUGGAGCAUGUGCAGUAGUUGUUGCAGCAAUCCUUGAGGGUUGUUCUGAGAGAAAGUGUAGGGUUGAUUUACCUGGAGGGCCAUUGGAGAUAGAAUGGAGGGAGGAGAACAACCAUGUGUAUAUGACAGGCCCUGCUGAGGUAGUCUUUUAUGGAUCUGUUGAGCUCUAAACGUUACAAUUUUAAAUAAUUUGAAGAUUUUUAUCUGAUAUAAACAUGAUUUGGUGUGUUGUAAACAUUAUUUAUUUGAUGCUUCUGAAUUUGGAAGACUUAAUGUAGUAAUAUUAGUUUUGUUGUUGAUGGCAAUAUAA